CGGCCCGAGCAUCCGGAAGCGAGCAUGGCGGCCUCUGCGGCCGCGGCCGCGGCUACGGAUCUAGAGGUGGUCCGGGGCAAGCGUGCCGCCCUCUUCUUCGCCGCGGUGGCCAUCGUGCUGGGGCUACCGCUCUGGUGGAAGACCACGGAGACGUACCGGGCCCCGUUGCCUUACUCCCAGAUCAGUGGGCUCAAUGCCCUGCAGCUCCGGCUCACGGUGCCGGUCACUGUCGUGUUUGCACGGGAAUCAGUGCCCCUGGACGAUCAGGAGAAGUUACCCUUUACCGUUGUGCACGAGAGAGAGAUCCCUUUGAAAUACAAAAUGAAAAUCAAAUGUCGUUUCCAGAAGGCCUAUCGAAGGGCUUUGGACCAUGAGGAGGAGGCCCUGUCAUUGGGCAGUGUGCAAGAGGCAGAAGCCAUGUUAGCUGAGCAAAAUGAGCAAGCAGAGGGCUCCCUGAUUGUGUAUGUGAUCUCUGAACACUCCUCACUUCUUCCCCAGGACAUGAUGAGUUAUAUCGGGCCUGGGAGGACAGCAGUUGUGCGGGGGAUAAUGCACCGGGAAGCUUUUAACAUCAUUGGCCACCGCAUAAUCCAGGUAGCCCAGGCCAUGUCCUUGACUGAGGAUGUACUUGCUGCUGCUCUUGCUGACCACCUCCCGGAGGACAAGUGGAGCUCUGAUAAGAGACGUCCUCUCAAGUCCAGUUUGGGCUAUGAGAUCACCUUCAGCUUGCUCAACCCAGACCCCAAGUCCCAUGACGUCCACUGGGACAUCGAAGGGGCUGUUCGGCGCUAUGUGCAGCCCUUCCUAAAUGUCCUUAGUGCUGCUGGCAACUUCUCUGUGGAUUCUCAGAUCCUUUACUAUGCGAUGUUGGGGGUAAAUCCCCGUUUUGACCCAGUCUCAUCUAGCUACUACUUGGCCAUGAAUAGCCUCCCCCAUGUCAUCAACCCAGUGGAGUCCCGUCUGGGAUCGAGUGCUACCUCCCUGUAUCCUGUGCUCAACUUUCUACUCUAUGUGCCUGAGCUUGCCCACUCCCCCCUGUACAUUCAGGACAAGAAUGGGGCUCCAGUGGCCACCAAUGCUUUUCACAGUCCCCGUUGGGGUGGCAUCAUGGUGUAUAAUGUUGACCCCAAAGCCUAUAAUUCCUCGGAGCUGCCAGUAAGAGUUGAGGUGGACAUGGUGCGAGUGAUGGAGGUGUUCCUGUCUCAGUUGCGACUGCUUUUUGGGAUUUCUCAACCCCAGGUGCCUCCAAAAUGCCUACUUUCAGGACCUAAGAGUGAAGGACUAAUGACCUGGGAACUCGACCGUCUGCUCUGGGCUCGGUCAGUGGAGAAUUUGGCCACAGCCACCACCACUCUCACCUCCCUGGCCCAGCUUCUUGGCAAGAUCAGCAAUAUUGUCAUCAAGGAUGAUGUGGCAUCUGAGGUGUACAAGGCUGUAUCUGCAGUCCACAAGGCGGCAGAGGAGUUGGCCUCUGGGCACCUGUCAUCUGCCUUCAUUGCCAGCCAGGAAGCUGUGACAUCCUCUGAGCGUGCCUUUUUUGACCCUUCGCUCCUCCACCUCCUCUAUUUCCCUGAUGACCAGAAAUUUGCCAUCUACAUCCCACUCUUCCUCCCUAUGGCUGUGCCCAUCCUCCUGUCACUUGUUAAGAUCUUCUUGGAAGCCCGCAAGUCCUGGAAAAAGCCUGAGAAGAUAGACUGAGUAGGGCAGUAUCUCAGUAGAAAGAUUUCUUUUAUGGCCAAGGUGGGAGGUUAUUAGAUUGAGAGGCACAUAACUGGGGCCUAUUCAGGACAACUUACAUAUCUCCAAUCUCCUCCAUUGGCUAUCCAACUGCUUAAGUACGACACUACAAGUUGUUUUCAUCUUUUCUUCCCUUCCCAUUCCUCUGGUUCAGGUUGUCACUCCCAGUUACCUCUAGGUGGACUUGCCCUAGAUCCUCAAGAGGCACAUCGUCUGGGCCCCCUUCUCUGGCUUGAACUUGACAGCCCCUGAGUAUCUCCCUCUGGGGAUGGGGCACCUUGUGCUUCUGGCCUAUUAACCUGGCACAUUCUUGCACUGAAAGGGAGCACUAGGGGGAAGCCCUGGGUUGGAUUGUAGCCUCCUCUCCUCUACAUUUCUCCCUAACCCAUCAGGGAGAUCACCUCUGGGACCUUCUUCCUUCCUCCCCUUCCUGCUGGUGGACUUCACUUGUUGGGUACAGCCUAAGUCUAGGAGGCAGCAGCUUAGGACCUGGUGGUAUGUGUAUGGCAGAGUUUGCCUUCACCCUCUCAGAGAGGCAGUGUGAUAUACUGGGGAAAUUUCUAGACUUAGAUUCCAAAGGCUUGAAUUUAAAUCCUUGCUUCUGCACUAAACUAGCUAGGGAGCUUUGGAUAAGCUACUUAGUCUCUCUGAGCCUCAGUUUUUCAUUUGUUCAACGGCAUUGAUGAUACCUCCCUCAAAAGGUGGUUGUAUGGGUAAAUGUUAUAAACAUGUGAAACUGUCUAGCAUAUAUUAGGCUUUAAAAAAAUUAUAUCAGGCUUUUUUUCUUUUUGUAAUGGAAUUUAACCCAGGGGCAUUUUGCAACUGAGCUACAUCCCUAACCUUUAUUAAUUUUUAUUUCGAGACAGGGUCUUGCUAAGUUGUUUAGGGCCUCACUAAGUUUCUGAGGCAGGCCUCGAACUUGCAAUCCUCCUGUCUCAGCCUCCUGAGUCACUGGGAUUACAGGUGUUUGCCACUGCACCUGGCAUAUCAGGUUCUUAAUAAACAUUGGUUGAAUAUGAACUGAAAUGAUAUGAAG